AUGCCAGUAGACUACCCGGCAUUUAAUAACAAUGCAAAUGUUAAAGAAGAUGUUGACAUUAGUUUAAAACCAGAAGAAGAUGAAUCUAAGGAUACUAAGGAUUCUUUUAAUGCUAAUUACGUUGGAAGCAAUUCCUUCAAUAAUAAUGCUAAUCGGGUGUCUAGAUAUCGUUCAAGAUGGGAAAGGAAAUUCUUUUUACCAAGAUCGAAAAAUUGGGGAAUACCUUAUGCCUGCUGUGAUUUAAUUUAUUAA